AUGUUGAUUCCUUCACAAGGAAGCAAUGCAGAAACUCUAAAGCAAGAGUCGAUGAUAGUGCUAGCGGAGAAUCCGCCGUUACUAACCGCAGUAACGUUAGAGAUUGACGAAAUUAUCAAAGAAUGCGAAGCGGCACA